AUGGAGCCUGUAUUCACAAGUAUGAGACUAAAGGUGGCCGUGCUGUGGAUUCUAACAACUCUGCUGAAGACAAAUGUGAUCGAGGCGCUGGACAUAACAUCCUCAGGGCCACAAACCAUUCAUCAGCCCAUGGGGGCGACAGUCACCCUGGGGUGCACCUUCACCCCCAGCUCCAGAGACACUGGUGACCUGGACAUAGAGUGGUCCGACCUCAGCCCGGACAUGACACAGAAAGACCGACUGUUGAUGUCCUAUACAGGGGGUCAGUCGCACUACUACGGGGACCCCGGCCGCUCCAAAAGGAUCCACUUCAUAGGGGACCCCAAGAUGGGGGACGCCUCCGUCUCCAUCUCAAGCGUGUUGCCCUCAGACGCAGGCACCUACCAGUGUAAAGUGAAGAAGGCGCCGGGUGUCGACACACGGAAAGUCACUCUGGUGGUAAUGGUUCCCCCCUCAGUGCCAAAGUGUUGGGUUGAUGGCGGAGAGGAGAAAGGGGGUCCUGUCUCCCUCCGCUGUGAAUCGUCUCAAGGAUCCACUCCUCUCACUUACACGUGGACGAGAGAGAGCGGGGGUGCAAUACCAGUGGAUGCAACCCACAACCUGCAGUCUGGGGAGCUGUUGAUAAGGAACCACACAGACAACAACGUUGGAAGUUAUGUGUGUGAGGUGAAAAACGCUGUGGGCAAAGAGCAGUGUAAAUACGAGCUGCACGCAUACAACCCAACCAAUAAGGCGGGUGUGAUAGCCGGGGCGGUGAUCGGGGCUCUGCUGCUGCUGCUGCUCCUGCUGUUCCUCAUCUGGCUCCUGAUCUGCUGCUGCCACAAGCGUCGCUAUGAGAAGGAGGUCGCCAAUGAAAUAAGGGAGGACGUCCAGGCCCCAGACAGCCGACCCACCAGCAGGAACUCCAGCCUUCGCUCGGUCAUGGGGUACCGCACUCACCCCGGGGUGGUCUACAGCUCCGUGAGGAGCCACACGUCCAAUGGCAAUGCAAUGAGAGGCAGUGGUGGGGUGUCACCACCGGCCAAGGCAGGGGACAAAUCUGCUCAUCUCCAGUACGACCAUAAAUACGGGUACCCUGUGUAG